UCAUGUGACGAACACAGACUUUUUCAAUUGUUGGUAUCUAUAUAUUAAUAUCAAGACACCAGGUUUGAAACUCGAUAGAAGCAUAUGUACAGGUAAACAACACCCCACUGUUUCAAAAGUGAAAGACAAGCGCAUUUUAUUAUGGUUUCGUUCCCAGACCAGUGUGCAGGUAUGGUUCUGACAGGGCUUCUGUAGAAGUGUUGUGAUAGUGUGUUCAGCUGUUACUAAGGGAUCUGAAAUAACACUGUGCUAAAGCGAUAGAGACAAAAUGGCUGAUCUUGAUCCGAUGGCUGUGUCGAGCGCGGUGAGGAGCCUUUCUUUUACCGUAUUAUCGACCGACGAAAUCAAAAGGCAGAGUGUCAUGGAAAUUAGCAAUGUUCAGACGUUUGAUCUCAUGGGUCACCCGUCGCGCGGAGGAUUAUAUGAUGGAAGAAUGGGUGCUUUAGAGCGCGAUGAAGUCUGCGACACAUGUUCGCUAUCGCAACUUCACUGUCCUGGGCACAUUGGCCAUAUUCCGCUCCCGUUGCCCGCGUUCAAUCCUGUCUACUUUCGAGAUCUUCACAAACUUCUUCGGGGAAGCUGUUUUUCUUGUCAUCGGCUUCUAGCGCCACCAGCUGCGUGUCAAACCAUUCUUGCUCAGUUGCAGGUUUUAGAAUAUGGGCUCGUGGGUGUGGCUGGCGAAAUUGAGGAAAUUGCCUCCGAGAUUAUUAACGUUAUGUCACAACAGAAAGCAUCAUUGCCAGAUAUCUCCAGCGAAGUUCGUAGAAAAAUCGAGGAAUUUUUACAAAACCGUCAGCUAUCCGGCGAUGAUCCACGGUACGCGGCCGACGUCAAGAAUGUUGUAGAGAUGAAGCAUACAUUGAUUAAGAACUUCGUUCAAAAGUACCUCAUGAAGCCACGCAAAAAGUGCCUUUUUUGUGGUGAAAUCAAAACCACUGUACAGGUUCAGGAAAUGGCCAGAUUUAUCUUUACCACUGGUAAGGCCACAAACCGAUCUGUAAACCUCGACAACGUGGAAAGGGUUUUGGAAAGAAGCCUCUACGGCAAUAAAAGCUUCGUUGAUGACGAUGACGAGAUGCUCGCUCUUAACGAAAACGCAGAAAAAAAUUUUUUAAGAGAAGAGUACUCUGAGGGUACAGCCCAAACCUUUUUUACGGCAGUGCAAGCUAAAAAGCAUCUUCGCGAUUUGUGGAUCCUGGAGCAUGUUGUUAUGGGUUAUCUGUUCGGAUCAUUAAGAGAAGCCCAGUCCAGAGGAAUGGAGCAUCCUACUGAUUUGUUCUUCAUGGAUAUUUUGGCUGUCAGCCCGCCAAAAUUCCGCCCGUGUAACUUCAUGAACGGCAAGAAGUAUGAACACCAGUUAACAGCGUGUCUUAAUCGCAUUCUUCGGACAGCUCAUGACUUGCAAGACAUUAUAGUCGUUAUGAAACAUAAAGAGCAACAACACGACACCAGUGCACAGGAUGCAUCUUCGGUAAAGGACCAAAAAAUGGAGAUGCUCACGAUGAACGUUAACGCACUGGAGCCGGCGGGAACAAACCUCAAUUUAAAAAUGCACCAUUACUGGAAAUUGCUGCAGAUGCGAAUCAAUGUCCUUUACGAUUCAGAUCUCGAUCGAAACACUAAAGAACGCGCUGGUGUCAAGCAGGUGUUAGAGAAGAAGGCAGGAUUAGUGCGAAAACACAUGAUGGGCAAGCGUGUGAAUUUUGCCGCACGUUCAGUCAUCUCGCCAGACCCAUACAUAAACGUAGACGAAAUUGGUGUUCCGAUGGUGUUUGCUACACGCCUUUCGUAUCCCGUUCCAGUGACUCCACGUAACGUUGAACAGCUCCGACAAGCCGUCAUUAAUGGACCUGACAUUUACCCCGGUGCUCUUCUGGUAGAGUUUGAAGACGGACGAAAAAUGCGGUUAGAUACAUCUUCACGAACGAAACGUGAAGCUGUAGCCAAAACGCUAUUGACUCCGAAUCCUGAUGGAACAUUAAGAAAUGCUACCAAGAUUGUUCAUCGGCAUCUGCAAAGUGGCGAUCCUUUGUUGGUCAACCGACAACCGACCCUGCACAAACCUUCGAUUAUGGCGCACAAAGCAAGAAUACUCCGGGAUGAAAAAACUUUACGAUUGCACUAUGCUAACUGUAAGUCAUAUAACGCCGAUUUUGACGGCGAUGAAAUGAAUGCUCAUCUUCCGCAGAGCGAAUUGGGCAGAUCCGAGGCCUGUCACAUUGCCAGUGUUAACCAGCAGUACCUUGUGCCGAAAAACGGUGCUCCUCUGUCGGGUUUAAUCCAGGAUCAUGUCAUAGGUGGAACAUUGCUAACGAUGCAGGACAAGUUUUUUACGCGUAAUGAUUACCAGAGCCUCGUUUUCAAUGCACUUACUUUCCUCAAUCGGAAGAUCGAGAUUCUUUCGCCUACUAUUCUGAAGCCGGUGAUGCUAUGGACUGGCAAGCAGGUUGUGUCCACCGUGAUUUUGAAUUGCUGUCCAUUAAAUGCCCCGCCCCCGACAGUUUACGGAAAAACGACAGUACCAGUUAAGGCGUGGCCCCGAACGGGUAAGAUUCUCGACCCGACGCUAACCGAAGAUCUGGUGUUGAUCCGCGAUGGCGAGUUAUUAUCAGGUAUUUUGGACAAGGCUCAUUACGGUCCUAGCCAAUACGGACUUGUGCACAUCUGCUACGAACUCUAUGGAGGCGAAACGUCUUCGCUUCUUUUGAGCGGUUUCGCCAGACUGUUCACACAUUACCUACAGGCAUUUCACGGAUUUACUCUUGGUAUUCAUGACAUCUUGGUUACAGAGGAGGCCGACCGUAAGCGUCGCAAGAUUAUGCGGAGAGGUCGUCGGGGGGGUGAUAAAGUUGUCCUAGAAGCUUUAAACGCCCAGGAUGAAGAACUAACCGAUGAAGAAAGAACAGCCAAGAUGCGGGCCGGCCACUUGGCGAGAGAAGAUCGUUUUCUCAAGAACUGGGACACUGUAAUGAAAAAUCACACAGACUCAAUCAACAACGAAAUAAACAAGGCCUGUAUGCCUGCUGGCUUGCAACAAGCAUUCCCUGCUAACAACCUCCAAUUAAUGGUCCAGUCCGGGGCCAAAGGUGGCAUGGUGAACUGCAUGCAAAUCUCGUGCCUGCUUGGCCAGAUCGAACUUGAAGGUCGGAGAGUGCCAUUAAAUAUAGCAGGACGCUCACUCCCGUCAUUUCGGCCGUAUGAUCCAGCUCCCCGUGCAGGCGGUUUUAUCGACGGACGCUUCUUAACGGGAAUCCGUCCGCAGGAAUUCUUUUUCCAUUGUAUGGCUGGUCGCGAAGGAUUAGUUGACACAGCUGUCAAGACUAGUCGAUCGGGAUAUUUGCAAAGAUGCCUCAUUAAACAUCUAGAAGGUCUGAUGGUGAACUACGAUCAGACGGUUAGAGACUCCGAUGGUUCCGUAAUCCAGUUCCAAUAUGGCGAGGAUGGUCUCGAUAUUCUCAAAAUGCAGAUGAUACAGAGCCCAAAGCAGUUCUCAACUUUGAUACGAAAUGCUCCAAUUUUGACGGAUAUGGACCACAUUGAACAGACGAAAAGUGUUACGAACCUUGAGCUUCUUGGAAAGAUGAAUGCUAGAGUAGCUCGCUUCCAUAGAAAGAUUGCAAAAGGUCGACGACGUGAGAGCGAAUUCACGAUAUUUUGUCAGCAAAACGAGGCAGAAUAUAAAGCUGCCUAUCCGGAUACCAAUCCGGGAAGUCGGCAGCCGGCUUAUAAAGCGCGGCUAAUCAAAGCUUUCUACGAGCUCAAUGAGCGCGAUAGGCGCCGGCUGCGCAAACAGGUGAUACUUUCCGCCGACACUGUGACGAGCAAGCUACGUCCCGAUUUGCAUCUCGGCGCCAUCGGAGAAAAGCUAAGCUCAGAGAUCGAUCGGUACGUCGAAGCGAAUCCUGACAGACUCAUUCUGUCGUCCGGAUGUGACCUUAAUGAGAAAAAGGUUGUGAGUCCCGAGGAUUUUAGAGACAUGAUGCAUUUGAUUUAUCAAAAGUCACUAGCUUGCGCCGGUGAACCAGUUGGGCUUCUAGCUGCUCAGAGUAUAGGUGAGCCUUCGACCCAGAUGACGCUGAAUACGUUUCACUUUGCUGGUCGUGGUGAAAUGAACGUCACACUAGGAAUUCCGCGUUUGAGAGAAAUUUUAAUGGUCGCCUCAAAGAACAUUGCGACCCCGUCAAUGAACCUGCCACUUAAGAAAGUGCCGCUUGUCGAAUCCCGAGCAGAAAAACUCCGGCUAGGCAUUUCUCAGGUGAAUUUAGCUCAAGUAAUUGAGUCGGUGGUGGUCACUGAUCGGCUGAAUGUUUCGGCGUCCGGGCGACCCUUUCGCGUAUAUCAAAUACGCUUCAAUUUUUUGCCGUAUCGUACCUACAAAAAGACGCUUUACACGAAUCCGUCAAAGGUACUGCGUUUCAUGGAGACGAAGUUCCUGAAAAGGUUUAUUGAAAGUGUUAGAAAAAAAAUUACCCUGGUUAAAGGAGCUCGCAUGGUUGAAAUCGGAUCAAGGUCCACCCGUGGGAAUACUACAAUGGAUGAUAAUCAAGAUGAGGGUAGCAGCCGUAUAAACCUAAACGAAGAAGAUGACGGCGACUCUUCUGGUGAUGACGAAGGUGGUGAGGGCGAGACUAACAUCGAAUUUCAACGGGAGAAACACGAAGACGAUCGAGACUACGACGAGCCUGAAAUCGAAGAGUAUCAAAAAUCAGAUGAUGAAGAUGAUAAUGGCGAAAUUGAUGAGGAACAGUUUGCCCCAACGGCGGAAGAACUGCGUCCUCGCGAUCCGCAAACAUCUGAGAGCGAGAUGGACACGACGAGAGCUCAAGAGUUAGCGAAAAGAAUCAAAACGAAGGAGCUGAAAGCUCAAAAGAAAUUGCGUGCUAACAACGUAAUCAAUUACCACACGUGGGUAACAAAUUACGACUUCGACACGGAGCGUGAAGAAUGGUGUGAGUUGACCUUCCAACUGGAACUACAAUAUUCGAAGUUUGAUAUGGCUAGUUUGGUUGAAGAGGAGGCCAGAGCGACGGUGCUACAUUCGGUAAAGGGUAUUCAGAGAGCUUUCCUCGUGAAGGACAAUGAUGACAGAUCGGGUUGCGGCAAAAUGCUCCAGACGGAAGGUGUCAACUUCGAAGAGAUGUUCAAGUAUGAUGAUAUAAUCGACAUGAAACGCAUUAGCUCGAACGACAUCUACGCAAUAUCACAAGUGUUUGGGAUUGAGGCUGCGACAAAAGCAAUCGUUCGGGAGGUGACAUCCGUGUUCGCCGUGUACGGCAUCAAAGUGGAUCCAAGACAUCUAAGUCUGGUAGGGGACUACAUGACUUUCGACGGAGCUUACCGCGCCUUCAACAGAAUCCACAUGGCAAACAAUGCAUCGCCACUCCAGCAGAUGAGCUUUGAAACGACGUGCACAUUUAUGAAAAACGCUGCUUUAUUUGGUUUCUCGGACCGACUCAAUUCACCAUCCGCUCGACUAGUAAUGGGUCAGCUCGUUGGGGCGGGCACCGGAAUUUGCGAUAUGUUGGGAAAUAUACCGAAGCGGGGAAAUAACAAAUAUGCGAUUUAGAAUAUAAGUAGCAUAUCAUGUCUAUUUUCGAUUAGCAACAAAAAUCAGGGCGGAUCAGAUUGUCUAUUGAAUACAUUGGUUGAAAAGCAUCACGCAAGAAACGUUAGGCUUACUAUUGACUUUUUCAGAGUGUUAGCUGAGUCUUCGUAGAUAAAAAAAAAAAAAGAAAAUAAAAAACAUUUUGGUACGUAUUACUAGCAUGGUGAGUGUUGAAUGCGGGCUCGGAAGCCGCCAAAGACUAGCACAACGUCAAUAUAAAUGUUUUCAGGACGUGUGAGAUGUAUAAUACAGAUCUGAGGCGAACCUGAGACAUAAUGUGGCUUCCGCGAGAUGUUUCCUUCUAUGACUUAAAGCUAUUAUGCCCCCUUCGUCGUUCUGUUCGGUUUGCAGUGAAGGUGAGUAAAGUCUCCUUUACUCUGAACUAGUUCCAGGCUUAAGCUGGAAGCAGCCGAUUUCUAGUGAUCGAGAACUUUACCCUUUUCUACUCUAAGGGAUAUUAACCGAUCUAAUAGUGAAGCCCUUAUAUUCGAGCCCUAUUUACCGCUUGGUUGUCCUGGCCACAAGCAAACACCAUCAUGUGUGAAUCAGCAUGAUCGAACAUUAAGAAACAAUGAAUAUAUAUACAGCAGGUUUUAUGGAGACCGAAAAAGGUACAUUGGGGCCACGCAUUGUCUUAGGCUUUUCAUUUAUUUUCUCUUUCUUGUUCAUACAUGUCUUUCGACCGUACUAAAGCUAAAAUUUGGAGAAAUAAAAAGAGGACUUGUGCACCUAUAUCGACUUGCACCCAUUGAAUCCCAACCCCGAAAGAUGUUAGUUUCCCUAUUGGCCAACAGAGGGGAAAACAUUUCGCGAGAGCAGUAGCCUGCACAAGUAGUAAUACUACUAGAUACCUAGGAGCGCGCUGGCUAUGUCGACUGAAGAAACUUCACGGCCAUCGAUCGGUACAUGACCAGCACGCGGCGUCGAGGAAAUGGAGAAAAAGUCGAGGGCUAGGUGGGUUGCGGUGGAAAACCCGCAAGUGUAUAUAUACCUUCAAUAUAUCUCAUCACAGUUUUAUAGCUGUGAGCCGCUGCCGCAGCCGCUCCUCGUCUCAGUGGAAGAACAACCCACUAUACUUUGACAAACUCUGUCAACACGCAAAGUAAAACCAAGCAGCCAGCCAGCCAGUUCGUGCGAAGUCAACUCACAUACGAUAGACUCAAUGCGCGGUAAUAGCAAUGCCAAUAAUUAUAACAUGAAUCCUGCGAUACCGAAAUACUCUUUUCGGCACACAGUCACACAAAUCGACAAACAGACGCACUGAUAUAGCAUACUUAGACACACACUCAGACAUAAAGCUAGCUCAUCGCCGUACUCUCAGGAACUUAGGAUACACAUUCCAUCCAUUGGGCUGGUUUAUGGCCGUCUAAAUCUCCAUGGCAGCGGCCAUCCCGAUCUGAUGGACAGGCCUAAGGCAGGAAAGCAGCCGUGCACGAUAUGGCCUAGUCCUUCAGUAGCGCUGGUAUUUUUAGCAGAAGUUGUGAUGUGAAGUCGUUGUGAUUACCGUUGUCUCUUUAACAGUAGGAGAUGUAGCAGCAGCAGCAGCAGAUGAACCGGCCAAAGGAACCGCGUCACAUAGAACGAUACUGCAGGGUUGGCUUUGCGCGAAAAAAACUUUCUUGAUGUGGACCCCGGUAGGUUACAAUUGGCCUAGUUGAGUCUACAGGAUGUAGUAUAGUCGAUCAGCCAAUCGUCCGGGCGGAUUAGGUUGCUCGUGUCGCUGCAGAAGCCUACUAACUAUAGGACAUAGUCAGCUGGUACUGACAAGCAGCUGUCUUCCGGUACAAAGUGCCUAAGAGUAAUAUUGAGAUAUGCGGCAUAGCAUUUAUCUACGGCGCGGGCCCUUCGCUCUUCGGGCUGUAUCGUGGUAUCGUGCUUCGUUGCUACUUCGCAGCUUUUAAAGCAAAGCAGAGCAACAGGACUGCAGUUGGGCAGAUACAGAGAUGUAGAAUAGAUAAGAAGAGGGUUGAUACUAUCAAGAGGCGUCCCAAGACAUAAAAUGGCCUUGUAGCUAAGCUGGGAUGGGCGACGAAGCACAAAGCUGACAGUUUCUUUAUCGCUGUCCUUCUCUUCGUCCUGCUUUUGCUAUUUCUUGCCGCGAACCGAGCACCAAGCUAUUCGCUGUAUUUUCGAUGUUAAAUGGGUAGUUCGCGAGACGUCCCUGUCCUGCGGUUUACGUAUCUUAUAUAACACCUAUGCUACACGAGCCCAGCAAAAACGUAGUAUAAAGGUAAAACAGUGCAAUAAGGGGUGUGCUAAAAUGUAUAGCUGUCCCCAUCGGUGUAACGACGUUUUGGUGCGUGUGUAUGUAUCUCGAGAAUGGGGUGGGCUUUUUCUGAUCCCUAGUCUUUCGUAAUACCUGUAAACUAUUGUAUACAUUCACAAAUUCGACUUUUGCUGAGAUUUUAUUCUAUGGUGUACAUGCACCAAAGUGUAACCCAAGUAGUACACUGCAGAAUUAUACUGCUGUGAAUAGAAUAUAAGGCAAAUUGUCAUUGGCAACGUGAAUUCUUAUGUGGCCUAUGCUCGUCGCUUUACUUUAAACGACUUUUUAUUGUGUUUACGUACGUAUAUUCCGAUAGGCAUAAUGUAGCGUGCCAUAAAAGCACCGUUAAGUCGAGGUGUUCUGUUCCAUGCAUUAAUUAUAAUCUUUCCAUGGAUUUCAAGCGGGAGGCUUACUUGUGCUUUUGCUAUACAAUUUUUUUGUUCGUUUGCGACGUCCAGGGCUUCUUCAAAAUUUGACGGCCGAACCAACUUAUUGUCGGUCACCCAAUCGUUGAAUCGUCGGUGAAGUAUGAUAUUCAUGUAUCGUAUCUCGAACGGGGUACGGAGGCGCAAUUUUGGCAUAGAGCUAGCUGACUCUCGAUAUCUGGUGUAAACGACGAAGUUAAUAUCAGCCCAUGUUGUUUAUUGGUUACCCAACGCAACUACUAUUGAAUAGAUGAACACAGGUAUAUUACAAACAAAGUCAAACAAACGAACGAACUCUGGAUAUCACACUCGAAUAAUUGACAAAAUAGUCAAAAUGCCUAUGAGUAUCCUGAUCAAUCGUCAACCAUCCUGAAUCGCUAAUAAGAUAAUUCAAUAAGGGAUCAAGUGAGCUCGUAAAAUAUCUCUGUCCGAUCAUUGUGAAGCACUACCUAAUUUGUUUUGUUUUAAUAUCAGAGCUCGAGUAUUAAGGGAACAGGAGAAUAGGGAAGUUUAUGGUAGAAUUGCUAGUGAACCUAAGGUGCGUUUCUAGAAGACGCUUGAUAAAUCUCGGAUAUGCGCUUUUUGUGCAUCGGGAAGGCCUUGGGUUAUUCGACACGUAACAGUUCGAAUGCCUGUUCGCGGGUACGGAUUUGCAUCCUUUUACGUGGGGAUUAGCUAUUAGUUAGGCCCCAACACAGGGAAAUUAGAUUUUUAAUCAACCUUUUUUUUGUUUCAGAUGUCGUCAACAGCAUCAAAACUAGGUGCAGCACAAACAUAGUUCUAUAUACGGAAAGGAGUAAAGUUCACUGCAGAGUUAAUACUUAUUUUACGUAUCACUCUCUUGCUGGUUCUUGCUAGGAUUGUCGAAAAGAAAUCAAUCAUUCUCACACCAAAAUUGAAACAAAUCAUUUUCAUAUCUAAAACUAAAUAUAUUUUGCAUUUUUUCUAACUAAAACAAAUAUGCAUCGUUCUAAUCGCGACAUUAUGCCAUUUUUUUUUUUUACUAAUCCCGUAAUCUUAUCACUCUUCGCACAAGACCUUUUCGGUUUUAGAUCGAAAACAGCGACAAGUGAUUUUGAAACUAAUUUAAUACAAUGAAGAGAAUUCUGUAGCGGCUGACAGAAAUAAUAAUGCAACAUCCGGAUUAAGAGGCAGAAACAUCAUAAUUUUCCAUUCAGUAUUCAUAUUUGUGUGUCUGUCAGAAUACAGUAGCUAUAUUUUGCAAAAAUUUACUCAAAAACGUUUUAUCUCACAUCUGAAUAAUGGCAUUGUAAUAAUUUCAUAACAUCUACUAUUGCCAAACCUCAAACUUUAACUAACACCACCGCCGACCCUUCGCGACCCGUAUUGACUGAAACAUGUGAUGUUAGAGCCAACUAGCUAGAAAAAAGGGUCAACACUUUUUCGACAAGCUAAUAUAUACAUACAUUGUCCAAAGUUGACUUACGUCAGUUUGCACGAAAUCCUUUACUACUUCAACAUAUGAGGUACUGCGAGACUACGCGAACAGCAGGCAUUUUUUGGUCGUCACAACUGCCGACAUAACAAUAGCUUCCGCAGUUGAGCGUUAUGCAUGAUUCCUCAUGUCCUACCCGUCUGCUGUGGUGUUGCCUACAAUAACUCCUUUUCAUUGAUUGACCCGUUCUCCCGAUACCAUCAACUAGGCUUCGGGGCUGAUCACAGCCGGACGCCAGCAGAAGGACGGCCGGCGAUGGAACGUAUUCCGACUUCAAAGUAUUGUUUGCGGUCAUAUACGAAUUAUCGAUUGAAACGUAACCGGAUGAAUGACGAGAAGGACGUAGAAGAACGUGUCCUUCUGCAGGCGCACAUUGGCCGACAAAGCCGACGGCACAUGCAGAGACGAUGCCGCUCAGGCCUGCUGCUUCUUCCUUUUUUUACGAUCGGCUAGUUGAAGCUGUGCUAGGAUUUCGCUGUCGCGCUACUAUAGGUCAUAUGGGCUUAGUAAUGCCGUCACUCGCGCCAAGCGUGCCUUACUUCGUCUCGCCCAGUUCACUCGGAGUCGUUUCUGCCUCAGCCGCACCUUUGGCCGACUCACCCU